CAAUGCAUGAAUCUAUUACAUUAAAUCUAACUGGAAAUUCAACUGUAUUGUCGGUAAAUUAUUUUCCAUCUCUAAACGUUUACGAGGAUUCAGAAAUAGCUUUGUUAUCUUUGCAAACGUGCAAUUCAUUUCCAAAUAUUAUAAAUCCAACUAAUAACCGGCUGAGAAUAAAAUCAAUUCCUCCAGAUAAAAUAGCAAAAAUUCAAUUUUUUGUACCAGUCGAAUGCCGUGACAUAGAAGAUAUUAACAAAUAUAUGGUAGAAGAGUUAUCUCAAGUUAAUAAAGUCUACGGAACAAAGCUGACAUUCAGUGUACGUAUUGAUCCUGUCGAUUUUAGAACGUAUAUAAAAUGUAAUGGAAUACUAAACUUUGAGCAUCCGUAUAGUAUAGCACCUGUUUUUGGGUAUAGAAAGAAAGUUUGUGGACCGUUUCAUGAAGAACAUCGAUCGGAUAAAGCUGCAAAUUUAAACACAAUUAAUUCUAUAAAAGUAAUGUGUAAUAUAGCACAUGGGUCAUUCAACAACCAACUUCAAAACCAUUCGAUAUAUGAGUUUUUCCCAAGUGGGAGAAGAGGAACAAAGGUUGUUCAAUCUCCGGUAAACCUUAUAUAUUACAGAUUAAACAAAACAGAUAUUAAUUCAAUUACUGUUCAGUUAGUUGACCAAAACAAUAAUCCAAUUGACAAUUUUAACGAAACGUUAACAGUUGUUCUGCAUAUUAAACGUCACGGAUCUCAUCAUUAAAUUUAUAUCUUAGAUUUUGUAAUGUAUGAGUCAGUUACUUUAAGUUUAACUGGGAAUGCUACCAUAUUAUCUGUAAAUUAUUUUCCACCUAUAAACCUUUACGAGGACUCAGAAAUAGCUUUGUUAUGUUUACAGUCAUUUAAUUCGUUUCCAAAUAUUAAUGAUAAUAAUAAUAAAUUUUCUAUACAAGUAGCUGAGAAUGAAAACAAUAAUGAUCCUAUGAUAUGUUUUAUUACAUUGGAAGAGGGUUGUUAUGAAAUUGAAGAUAUUAAGCAACGAGUUAAGAAGCAAAUAGAUGACUAUAAUAGUAAAAACUUAACCAAUUUAACAUUCGACAUUACAGUUGAUCCUAACGAUUUCAGAUCGUAUAUAAAAUGUAAUGGGAUACUACACUUUGAGCAUCCGUAUAGUAUAGCACCUGUAUUCGGUUUUGAAAAACGAGUAUAUAAGCCACACAAUGAAAUUCUUCGAUCGGAAAAAGCUGUAAAUUUAAACACAAUUAAUUCUAUAAAAGUAAUGUGUAAUAUAGCUCAAGGAUCAUUCAACAACCAUCUUCAGAGUCAUUCGAUUUAUGAGUUUUUCCCAAGUGAAAGGACAGGGUUGAAAGUAAUUCAGUCACCACCAAAUUUAAUAUAUUACAAAUUGAAUAAAACAAAUAUUGAUUCGAUAACCGUUCAGUUAGUUGAUCAAGAUCAUAAUCCGAUUGAUAAUUUUGG